UAGGUAAUAUUAGUUUUUGGGUUAAAAAUUCUUAAAGAAUGUAGGCUUAUGCCGAUUUUUGUGCUCUUUUCUUUGCACCAAUCUGUGGAUCAGUGUUUGAAGUGCCGUAACUUUAGAGAUAAUGUAGCUAGAGUCCUGAAAUUUUGCAGGCUCAUUGAUAUGUAAAUAUGGUCUUUGCAGAAAUGAUACAAACCGUUAAUUUUUUAAACCAAAUUUGCACCAUCAUGUAACUGGUUUGUAUUGUUCUAUCAGUGAGCCCGCACAAUUUCAAGACUCUAGCUACAUUGUUUCUCAAGUUAUGAGACUUAUUGUGCAGCAGAUUGGUGCGAAGAAAGCCACACAAAAGUUGACUUGAGUUACAACACCUGUGACCAAGACUUUUACACGUUUUGCUUCCUAAUGUUCAUACGCACUGGGAAAAAAAAAUCUGACAGAUUUGAGGUGAGGCAUGAACUUUUUUUAAAAGUUUGGUCAACUGAGGUGUGAAACUGUCUCACAAUAAUCACAGUAUGACUGAGAGAAAGAUGGCUGAAACUAUAGGUGUACAAGUUUACUUGCUAACAUAAUGACUUGCAAACACAGGUUUGACGAUGGAAGUAAAGGCAAGGGAGUUCACUGAGGCUGCAUAUGUAGAUUUGUGUGCUACCCCGCUGUUUCCAGUAUCGGAACAGUUUCCUGUCAUCUCACCAAGACCAGCAAUAAGUAAAAGUGACUGACAGCUGUAAUGGAUUAGGUACUUUAAUGUCUGAGCCCUGAACUUUAACAACAAGAUUGAUGUUUUUGUAUCCACCUGGUGAUUCUGUGGUAUUGAGCACCCAACAUGGGAUGAGCCUACAAAAAAAAAGCUUGAAAUGACAGUUUAUCCACAAUUUUGAAAUUCAACAUUAUUAGCUUUUACUAUUAGCUAUUAUUAGUGAAAGCUUCAUACAUUAAAACAAAUUCUUUGAAGAGAAAGAUGGUUGAAACAGGCCAAAGUUUCAGACUGUGAUGACUUACUCCACUCUAGGUGCUUGAGUGUACUUGUCGAUACAAUAACUUGCCAAUGCAGGCCUGACACUGGAAAUAUUAAAAGUUCAGACGUUGCAUAUGUAGAUUUUUGUGUCACCCCACAGUUUCCUGUAAACUCACAAAGAUCAGCAAAAAGCAUCCCCGGCUGACGAACUAGAUGUAACAGAAGUCCUCCUACUGAUGGCACUUUAAUAUAUGGGCCUUGUUAAUAACAGCACUGAUGUUUUUGCACUCGUGUCAAUGCAACAUAUUACUUCUGCUUAUUAUCUGGUGGACGGAUGUUUGGUUGAGUCAGUCAGAUAUACACUGCCCUCUGCUGGGCUGUUUUAAAACUUUUAAACAUUCUGUCACACUGACACUUCUAUAUUUUACACCUCUUAUCUUAUUCUGAACUUAGCAUUUUCAUUGAUUCUUUCAGUAUCAUUGGCAAAAAAGUGGCUGCAUGUUCAGUGACAAACAUGAACCCUGUAGAUUAAAGGAGUGGUCUCUGGGAAAAAAAAAAACUGUACACCCACAUACUUUCAUUUUCACAUGAACGUUUCGCUAUGACUGUCAGUGUGUGUGUGUGUGUGUGUGUGUGUGUGUGUGUGUGUGUGUGUGUGUGUGUGUGUGUGUGUGUGUGUGUGUGUGUGUGUGUGUGUGUGUGUGUGUGUGUGUGUGUGCGUGCGUGCGUGUGUGUCAUUCUGGCCAGUGUGAUUAAUGCUUCUUGGUGCUCUGUUUCUGAAAACUGUGGGGACAAAUGAGAAUUUCCAAGUUAGCAAAACAAAACUUUAUUUUAAGUAGCAGAUUUGUUGACUAGUAAGCAUUUACUAAGAAGCACUUUGCUUUUUUUUGGAAUUUAAGGUGGCUGGAUGAGGUUUUUGCUCUAUUUGGCAACGUCAGACUGACUCCAAAAUAAAUAAAACCAAAUGACUAGCAGCAUGUUUUUUUGUAUUCUUGUCGCACUAAUAGUUUUUUCAUUUCUCAUCCCCCACUCAUGAACCUCACGUAGCAAAGGUUGAACUUUCUCUGUAUCGCAGCAAGCAGAGAGGGGGGGAAACCGAAAGUAUCAAAUGAGCUCCAAACUUUCGCUUUCGCUUCCAAGAGUUACAAUCUUAGGUGCGACUUCUGCAUUUAAGUUUGCGGCGAGACUCGUUUGUCUACAAUUUGCGAGCCUCCUUGUGUAAUUAGGCCGAUUUAUUGUGUUGAUCAUCACAUCAGAAUAAAAGUUUGGAUCUUUAAUUGUGCGCUCGGGGCUGCUCUGCACAUGUCUGUCUGAGGUUUUGCUCCUGAGAAGACGCAGCAUGUGUUGAAGAUGGAAGAAGGAGCCAAGUUGCACCUGAAAGAGUGGCUGGUAGCUCAGAUAGACAGCGGCAGGUAUGAAGGGCUGAGCUGGGAGGAUGAGGACAAAACCAUGUUCAGGAUCCCGUGGAAACACGCAGCCAAGAAGGACUACAAGCAGACGGAGGAUGCAGCUCUGUUCAAGGCCUGGGCUGUGUACAAGGGCAAAUACAGGGAGGGGAGAGAUAAAGCUGAUCCCACCAUGUGGAAAACCCGUCUCCGAUGUGCACUUAACAAAAGCACAGACUUCCAGGAGGUCCCUGAACGCAACCAGCUGGACAUCACUGAGCCAUAUAAGGUCUACCGCAUUCAGCAUGAUGCGCCAGCCAAGCCAGCAGAGACUUCCCAGACAAAGGAUCAAGUAAUCAACCAGGUUAAAAGGUCACCAAGGAGCCCCACGUGUCUGGACAAACAGCUUCAUCAUCACAAGGAAUCAUUUCCAGCAAAUAAAGAAGCAAAACCAUUAACUGCCUCUGUAUCCUUGCCGCCUAGCAUGGCUGAAGCAAUGAAUCGCCUUCUUUGUCACCUGGAGAGAGGUGUGCUAUUAUGGGUGGCCCCGGAUGGGUUGUUCAUCAAGCGGUUUUGCCAGGGCAGAGUGUAUUGGAGCGGUCCCACAGCCCAACACACUGACCGGCCCAACAAACUGGAGCGAGAAAAGACCUUCAGACUGCUUGAUGUACCUAUAUUUCUCCGUGCGCUCCAGAUGUUUUUACAAGGGAAGGGACCUGCACCUCCUUAUGAGAUUGAGCUCUGCUUUGGAGAGGAGUAUCCAGACCCCAACGUACCUAAAAACAGGAAGCUUAUUAUGGCAAAGGUGGUUCCCUUGUUUGCAGUGGAACUGUUGCAGAGGUUCAACUUGGAAGAGACUGAGCAGAAGCAGCUGGAUCUCACCUCCAAAACAGAGUCAGAGAAAAUGUAGGAAGACUGGAAAAGUGACCCUGUGUCACGGUAGGGAUGGACAAUAUACAAGUGGAAUACUGAGGCUGUAUUUCCUCCUUCCAAUCAUUAUCAAAGACAGCCUCAGCAACAGAAAAUGUUUCUGUAGAGUUAUAGAUACAAUGAAGAAAUGAUGGCUGCAUUGUAGUUCUGUUUGCCAUGCAUCAAGGGAAAUUCAGAAAAUGCGCUUUAUUUUUUAUCUUCUACUGAUAUUUUUUGUCCACUGUGCAGCUAUACCGGCAACAGUUAGCUGUUAUGCAAACAUCUUGUUUAUCAAAAUAAAACAGGCUGUUUAUUUACAUGUAAUGCAGCUUGUUCCUGUAUUUUAUGUUAAUCCGAUAUUGAACAUUUUGUUAAAUGCUAAUUUAAAAUCAUAGUACUUUACAGCAAAUGCAGUGAAUAAAUUGACACUUUUAAUUAAA